AUGGAUCCUGAUGCAGCUGACCAAGCGAACACUGGUGAAAACCCCGCGUGGAACACCACCAUUGCAAGUUCGAGAGAGGCGACGACUGCGCCCAGCAAAAAAAGAAAACAAAACGCGGAUGGUGACACUGCGUCCUCCCCACCACCCCGGCGCGUAAGCAAGGCUUGCGACGUCUGUCGCCUUGCCAAGGUCCGCUGUGGUGGUGAGAAACCUCAGUGUAGACGGUGUGUUGAAGCCGAGCUGUUCUGUUCAUAUGAUUCUCCGCUCCGUCGGCGCGGCCCCGAGAAGGGAAUCAACUACAAGAUAAAUCAGCGAAUGUCCAACCUCGAAAAGCUCCUGGCAGGAACUCUCGAUGAAGUCCGGCGGAAUUUUGCGACAUCCAACAACAAACAGUCUGAUACGGGGAACCCAAUGAAUAUGAUUCAAUGGGAUGAGAGAGGAGGUACGGGACCACGAUCGCUGACCGAAUCAAUGUAUGUCAACCACCAGACUGAAGGACUUGGGGAGAGCUCGCCGCCUUCUUUGCAUAAAAGACCAGAGCCAGCAGGUAGUGAAAGGUCUCCGGAAGGCUGCUCUUCUUCUCCAGUGGGCGCCGGACACAAUGACCGAUCUAUAUUGACUACCGCCCAAAGCGACGAAAGUGUGGCAUCCACCGCCAUUCCAUUGCCAGCCUUGGGCACAUAUUACGGAUCUCCUCAUACAGACAAAUCUGUCGCAUCCAGAGGCAUGAGUGCCCAUCAGUCCAACGGCAUAUAUCCUACAAUCACGACCACCGAAGCGAGACCAAUGCCUGACAUGGAUAUCGUGCUUCAUUUGAUUGACAAAUUCUUCAUCUACCUGCACGGUCAACAGUACACGUUUCUUCAUCGAGAAUCGCUCGUCGACGACUAUUUGGGAGGCGCGGCUGCUCCGGAGCUUAUCUUUGCUUUAUGUGCCGUCGCUGCGAGAUUUUCUGACCACUCAUCGUUCCGAGCAAGCCUGCCUUACAAGGCCGGAGAAGAUUUUGCAGCCGAAGCAUUGGAUAUCAUUGUGCGCAAUCUCAAUAGGCCUACGAUGGCCACAGUGCAAGCACUGCUGCUGCUCUCUUUACAUGCCGCAGGCUGCAUGAAAGGUGCGCAGGCGUGGAUUCUAGGUGGUAUGGCCUUCCGAAUUUGCGACCUCCUACGCUUGGAUAAAGAUGACAGUAGCACGGAGCCUUCCAAUUGGCAUGAAGCUGAAAUGCGCCGUCGGACAUUUUGGUAUGCAUUUACGGUUGACCAGUUUUCCAGCGCAGGAUCCGGGCUGCCAUGGUCAGUGUCCAGUGAUAGACCAUUGCCACGGCUUCCGGUCAGUGAGAAGCUAUUCUUACAAGGCCGGCCCGCUAUAACCCCUCGAUUCACAGAUGGCGAAACCGAACACGAUGAGAAUCUCGGUUGUGUGGCUUACUUGGCAAGGCUUGCGGAACUAUGGGGCCUUGUCGCGCUUUAUGUCUCCGAUCCUGACAGGGAAAUCGAGCCAGAUCAGCCCUCAUCUCGUUAUCGAUGGCUGAAAAAUCAGUUGAGAAAUUGGCAUUCGCGCUUGCCGGAUCGACUACAGUACUCUGCGAAGACACUUUGUUCCGCAAUUAGUCACGGCGAGGGCGGAGUUCUCGCCUUCAUGCAUAUGCUUUACCAUGCGUCUUGCAGCUUCGUCGAGCAAGCAGUACUCGCGCAUUUCUCCCACCUUCCGGUAACCUUCCUCCGUGAGGUAGCAAUAUGCAUGGACAAACAUGCGCAUGUGUGUGUCGAUAUAUAUACCAAGACGACCACGACCUAUUCGACCUACCUCUACACGCCCUUAACCGCUUACCUCCUUCUGCUUUCUGGUAUUAUCCUGGGGCGCCAAUCAUUCGCUACUCACUCGGAGGCUGCUGCAUCUGCGUGUAAACGCUAUGCCGAUGCAGAAAACGGCAUAAAGAGAUUGAUGUCAUACUGGGCUCCUGCUGAACGUUAUCUUACGACCUUGAACGCCUAUUAUGACUCAUUGAAGAGCCUCACAGGAAAAAGACAGAACAGGCAAAACCAUCAUUUAGACCCCAACAACAAGAUGACACAUGCUGACAGCAGCACUCAUGCUGAAACGCCUUCGUUGGGCGAACUGGUGGCCGAUCCUCCAAGUGACAUUGUGACUAGAACCCUGUCGUCAACCGAGGCGGCGAUUUCCCAACCUGGUGCAGCACACAACCGGUCAUACCCCCCUUUAGAAUCAACUACUAGUGCGCUUCCAUUUGAUGAUCCCACAUUGGACCGAAUGCUGCGAAUGGACAUGUGGACAUUUCCAAACGAUGCCAUGUUCCCGUCCACUGGCCAUUAUCCUUGGCUCACUGGAGAUACGGAUAUCCUGUGGAACAGUAAUAGGGCUUUUUCAUCCUUCUUCGAUCCUUGA